AAGCACACAUCGAGAUCUCAUAUUGCUCGCAGUACCUAUUAUGGGUUCUCAGUGGUUCAAUCAGCAAAUGAAUAAUCAAGAUCUUCCCAACAACAUUGCUGAAGACACAGUUGACCUCACUCUGAAAUUAGGGUUACCAAACAAAAUUAAUAAUUCUGAGAAAAAUAAACAAAUCCAAUUUGAUUUUGCUCCUUUGGCUCCAAAUCUUACUACUCAGCCUCCUCAGGGCCAAAAACAAAAUGAAAUUGCCAAUUCUAAUAACAUUACAAGUGGACAAAGCUUAAAUGCCAAUAAUUUUGCAUGGCAAUCCAAUCGGGAAAACCAAUUCCAUCCACAAUAUAUGCGGCCAAAUGGGUGUGGAUUCGGCCAAUUUUCAGCUGCUGCUUCUUCUUCUUCAUCAAUGCCCUCAACAUUUUCCAUGUACCCAAACACUUAUUAUUACAACAACUCCAACAUGAACCCUUACCCCAAUUUAAUGCUUCCACCACCACCAACCAUGAACAACUACACACUUCUUGACAUCCCAACAAGGCGAGCAACAAUGAAUGAACUUGAAAGGUCCUCAAGCUCUCGAAGGUAUGGUUUGCAACAUCAACAAUAUGUUGGAAAUUAUAACAAUCCGUUUAAACGAUGCACCAACUACAACUGCAACACCAAUGACACCCCGAUGUGGCGCAAAGGUCCCCUUGGUCACAAGACACUUUGUAAUGCUUGCGGCAUUAAGUAUAGAAAAGAAGAGGAGAAAAGAAAAGCUAAAGAAGAGGCAAGUAAUCGAAAGUCAAACAAUAAUUUAGGUUGAAUCUUAAUUUUUUUUUUUUUAUGAAAUUGUAAAAAUAAAAUACAAUCAAAGUGAUAUGUGUACUCCUAAUAAUUUUGUUGAAUUAGAUGGAUGAUGACAUUGGGGUGCAUUUAGUUAAUUGAUUAGUUUUGAUCAUUA